GCGCUUGCGUCAAUGUUUUUGAGGGCCCGUGACUAGCUAGCGUGCUAAUCCAACAUUCGGGACGUUACAGAGAUUUUCAUAAUUAAUAACCUUGUGAAAGCUGUUUUUAUCCCUUCCUACGCCACCUAAUUUUGGGUUGGUCCGAAUCACACCCAGAAUGUCCUUCCCCCCUCACAUGAACCGGGCGCUGUUGCCUCCUCCUGGGAUGCCCCCUCAGUUUGCUGGCUUCCCCUCAGGAACUCAAAUGAUCCCGCUUCACGUCGGCAUCAUGACCCCCACAUCAGUAAUGAUGCCUUCUGUGCAAGUGAUCAGUAAGCCUCCGAUCCACAGAAAGGAAAUACUGAGAGUCAAAGAGAACAACGAGAACAGCGGCCCCACUACCACAGUGUUUGUGGGGAACAUCUCGGAGAAAGCUUCAGACAUGCUGAUCAGACAGCUGCUCGCGAAAUGUGGAAUUGUUCUGAGCUGGAAAAGAGUCCAAGGAGCCUCUGGCAAGCUUCAAGCCUUUGGGUUUUGUGAGUACAAGGAGCCAGAGUCCACGUUGCGAGCACUGCGGCUGCUUCAUGACCUGGUGAUUGGAGAAAAAAGCCUGUUGGUGAAGGUGGAUGCCAAGACUAAAGCUCAGCUGGAUGAGUGGAAGGCCAAGAAAAAUACUGCGAAUGGGAAUAAGAAGCCUGAAGAUGGAGAUGAUGAUGAUGAUGAGGUUCUAGACGAGGAGACAAAAAAGAAGGAUCAGAUUAUUAAAGGUGCCAUCGAUGGGCUGAUGAGGGAAUAUGCUGCAGAACUCAACGCGCCUUCACAGGACGAGGACUCCCAGAGACGGAAGAGGAAACGGGAGAAAAAAGAAGAGGACGACAUUAACACUAUUGAUAUGGAGGACGACAAGAGAGACCUGAUCUCCAGAGAAAUUAGUAAAUUUCGAGACACCCACAAGAAACUAGAAGAAGAGAAGGACAAGCGGGAGAAGGAGCGGCUGGAGUUUGAGCGGGACCGGAGGGAUCGGGAAAAAGAGCGAGAGCGGGAGAGGGAGCGGCGGGACCGCGAGAGGGAGAAGGAGCGAGAGAAGGAAAGGGAGCGGGAAAGAGACAAAGACAAAGACAAAGACAAAGAUCGCGACCGCAGGCCCAGAGAAAGAGACUGGGACAGGGAGCCGGACCGAAGCCGGGACAGGGAGCCGGACCGAAGCCGGGACAGGGAGCCGGACCGAAGCCGGGACAGGAGCCCCGAACGCAGCCGAUCCAGGGAGGUCAGUCGAGACCGAGACAGAGACAAGAAACGAGACCAAGAAGAUGAAGAGGAAGCGUACGAACGCAGGAAGCUGGAAAGGAAACUCCGAGACAAGGAAGCAGCCUAUCAGGAGCGUCUAAAAAACUGGGAGCUACGGGAGAGGAAGAAGGCCCGGGAUUACACCAAAGAGGCCGAGCGGGAAGAUGAGCGCAGACGGGAAAUGGUGAAAGAGGGCAAACGGUUGAAAGAGUUUCUUGAAGACUACGAUGAUGACCGAGAUGACCCCAAGUACUACAGGGGCAGUGCGCUGCAGAAGCGUCUCAGAGACCGAGAGAAGGAGAUGGAGGCAGACGAGCGUGACAGGAAGCGGGAGAAGGAGGAGCUGGAGGAGAUCAGACAGAGGCUGUUAGACGAGGGACAUCCAAACCCAGACGCAGAGCUACGCAGGAUGAAGGAGGAAGAGGAGGAGCGUCUGAGACAACCUCCUAUCGUCCAAGAGCCGGAGAUCGAGGAGGAACGGGAACGCCACAGGGGUUCAAAAGACCACCGAGACCGGAGACAGGAACCGGAAAGACCAGAACCUCGACCACGGCCCGCCCACUCGGACAACGAGAUCGAGGAGGGGCAAGAAGACGAUUAUGACAACGAUGAAGACAACCCAGACACAAAACCCUGCUUGAAGCCCACAAUGCGGCCAAUCACAGCAGCGCCAUCGGUGUCGUCGGCCAGCGGCGACGCGUCCCCCAACACACCCGGGGACGAGUCGCCCUGCGGCAUCAUCAUCCCCCACGAGAACUCCCCCCCCGAGGCCCUGCCACAGGAGGAAAACCGGCCAAAGAUUGGCCUCAGUCUCAAACUGGGUGCCUCAGGAAGCCCCAGUCAACCCAGCGUGGGCAAGAGGAAGAAGUUGCCCGUGGACAGCGUCUUCGACAAGUUCGACGACGAAGAGACCGACGAGCAGCCUCGCAAGCGGAAGCUGGUGCCCCUGGACUACGACGACGACAAGAGCCUCGGGGUGGACGGGGCCGGGCUCUCCAGUAUAAAGGGGGACGACACGGAGGAGAAACGUAAACACAUCAAGACCCUGAUAGAGAAAAUCCCCACAGCAAAGCCCGAGCUGUUCUUAUACCCGCUGGACUGGUCUAUGGUCGACACGACGUUAAUGGAGCGGCGCGUUCGGCCCUGGAUCAAUAAGAAGAUCAUUGAGUACAUCGGAGAGGAAGAGGCCACGUUGGUGGACUUCGUCUGCUCCAAGGUGAUGGCUCACAGCAUGCCACAGAGUAUCCUGGAUGAUGUUGCCAUGGUUCUUGAUGAAGAAGCUGAAGUCUUCAUAGUGAAGAUGUGGAGGUUGCUCAUCUAUGAAACCGAAGCGAAGAAGAUCGGUCUGGCGAAAUAAGCGAAACCACUGAAUGAAGAUCAACAGUUUUCUUUUCAUACAUUGUGUAAAAUAGUGUAGCGCAAUUCGUCUCACCCCCCCCCCCCCCAAAAAGCGACGUGUCCAUACUAGCACCAACUGUAACUGCAGAUUCUGCUCAUUCUCACAUCUGCACCAGUUGUUCAGGUUUAUUUCCCCCCCGCUCUCUGUUUGCAGGUGCUGACUGUGUCGGUGUGCUUUCGUGUAAAUACAGUACGUAAUUAUUUGACUGAUGGAUAAUUCUCAACAAAACUGCCGACUGUGGCCCAGGACCAUUGUUGCGUUGCCAGUUGAGGUGUCUUGGUCCUAACAUUUUAUUUGUAUCCAUGUCAACACACUUUUUGGGAAGAGUCAUCUGUAGGAUUGUUACGAGCAAUCGGUCUCUACGGUGUGUUUUUUUUCUUUUUAAAUGAGACUUUAGAGUUUGCAUAACUACAAGGAUGUGAUCUUUUUUACAAGAUUAUUUAUUUAGGGUUUUGGACACAACUCCAAUUGAAGAGUUCAUUGAUUCAGAUUUAAUCCGCUUCAUUUCCCUCUCAUCACAUUCCUGAUUGAUUUGUUAAGUAGACCGCUUCAAAAAGCUCCUAGUUAUCAUUUGACAUGCGUCCACUGACGAGACCCACAGAAUAUAUAUUGGAUGGAGACACCCCUGCAGCUGUAAAAGCACACACACACACCACUAUUGAAAAAUGACUUAAGAACGGGGAAAAAUGAUGUGAAGAUGCUCUCCAUUUGUUUUUGUAUUGUGAACAUUUGAAUAAAAUUGAUUUUUUAUAA